CUAAGCCAUAUAAAAAGAGUUGUCCUACCCAGUCAAGCCCCAUAAGCUUUCUCCUUUUUCCAUUAAUUUCUCCCUUUUUCUCGGUUUCUAGCUAUCCCAAAACCAUGGCUGCCUUUCCGAACAAACCCGUCCUUUUAUGUCUUACAUUCACCGCUAUCCUAAUCUUGUGUUCGGUUCUUUCAAUAGCAGAGCUUCAGCAGCUUGAGCAAGAGCUAAAAGCCGACGGCUCUCUCAGCUUUCUGGUGGUCGGAGACUGGGGAAGAAGAGGAGGUUACAACCAAUCUGAAGUUGCUGACCAGAUGGGAAUAAUUGGAGAGAAGAUGGACAUCGAUUUUGUGAUCUCCACUGGAGAUAAUUUUUAUGAUGAUGGAUUGAAAGAUGUUGAUGAUCCGGCAUUUGAUGACUCAUUUACUAAAAUCUACACAGCACCUAGCUUGCAAAAGCAAUGGUACAAUGUAUUGGGAAAUCAUGACUACAGGGGUGAUGUUUUGGCACAGCUGAGUCCCAUCCUUAGGAAAGUGGAUAGCAGAUGGGUUUGCUUGAGAUCUUUUAUUGUCAGUGCUGAAAUUGUAGAAUUUUUCUUCGUGGACACAACUCCUUUUGUGGAUAAGUACUUCACGGAGCCAAAGGGCGAUGUUUAUGACUGGAGAGGCAUAUUACCUCGAAAGCAUUACCUUUCAAAUCUCCUAAAGGAUUUGGAUUUGGCAUUAAAAGAAUCGACUGCAAAGUGGAAGAUCGUGGUCGGUCACCAUACCAUCAGAAGUGCUGGACAUCAUGGUAUCACCGAUGAGCUUGUAGUGCAACUUCUUCCAAUCCUUGAGGAAAACAAUGUGGAUCUGUACAUAAAUGGGCAUGACCAUUGCUUGGAACACAUAAGUAGUCCUCACAGAAUUCAAUUUCUGACAAGUGGAGGUGGGUCGAAGGCGUGGAGGGGUGAUGUGGAUUGGUCGAAUCCAGAGGAAAUGAAGUUUUACUACGACGGCCAAGGCUUCAUGUCGGCGCAAAUUACUGAAACCAGAGUGGAGAUCGCAUUCUAUGAUAUUUUUGGCAAUGUUUUGCACACGUGGGCCACAUCCAAACAGCUCUACGCUACCGUUUAGGGCAAUUAGAUCGAUCAUGGACGUUCAUCUCAUAUAUGAAGUACGAAGCUUAGCCUUCCGAUGGGGGUCUAAUUAAAGAAAAUGGAUUACGUAUUAAAAUUAAAAAUGAUCCGUCUGUAUACGUGGAAGAUAGCUGCAUGGAAUUGUAAAAGCUAGAAGGAUUUUUAAGAUAUCUAUGUACUCAUACCCGGCUGUCUGGAAUCUCUAUUAAUGCUUUAAAUGACGUCUGAUUGGUCUUCGUAUAAAAGAGUGCUUCUCAACUA